AUGACCCGAGCCAACUUUCGGACAGUGCCAGAUGAGUAUGUGAUCACAGUCACAGGCCAGAUCCGAGGCAAGGAGGUGAUGGAUCAAGACUUCCUGAGUUCCCUGGACACUCUGCAGUUCACGACUGCAGUCCAAAGAUUUCAGACAGAUGGCUCAUACGUGAUGGAGGUUUUUGGCGCUAGUCCCCUUUUGACUGCCCAGCUCCACGUAAUCCGCAAGAAGUCCUUCUCUCCACACGUUUGUGCUCAAGACUACCGCAAGUGCCGCUUUGUGGAUUUCUUUCUCGGAGGCGAUGACACCGAUGACUCCCAGAGCAUCUUCGGCUACUCCUUCGACUUGAACGGUCACGUGGUGAAGUCAAGCGUCGUUCAGGGCUGGUGGGAUGUCGAGGAUGCAUUUGGCCCUCGGUUUUUUGGAACACACUUCCCACCCCAAGUGGCAAAUGCUCGCUCAUGGCAGUUUGAGCUGUGCGUGAAAGGCUACAACUUAACCGCCCUGAUCAACCUCUACCGCGCGAGUUAUCAAGGCUGGGCCGAAGACCAGCGCCUCGGUCACUCAGCAACCUUCCGACGCGGCCGCUGCCUCUCCGGAGAUUCCUCAGAGUGCUGGACUUGGAUCAACCUUGACAUCCUGGGACAGUAUCACGAGGCUGUCCUACUGUGGAACCAUGUCGUAGGUCUCUUCAACAACAUGGAGACCUACGUACACCAUGGCAAAGAGCGUUUGGGAGAAGGGCCCGCAAAGGAGGUGCUUCACCUUUGA